GAUGUCGCCUCCCCCGAGCCCCGCGCGCCAAAUUCGAACGCGGCAGCAAGCGAAGCAAGCGCGCGCGUGUGUCCGCCCAGAACGCACCACUGGGGCGCCCGGCUCGCGCGUGCAACGGUAACUGCAACGCUGCAGGAAAAUCAACGUUUGUGAAUAUUCUGAAACAAGCUAGCGAAGAAUGGGAAGUUGUUCCUGAGCCCGUAGAAAGAUGGUGCAAUGUUCAGAGCUGCCAAGAGGAUUAUGAGGAGCUGACGACAUCACAGAAAAAUGGGGGGAAUGUGCUUCAGAUGAUGUAUGAGAAACCCGACCGGUGGGCAUACACUUUCCAGACCUACGCCUGCUUGAGCAGAAUCCGGGCUCAGCUCAACUGCCUUAAUGGGAAAAUUAAAGAGAUGGAGAACCCUGUGGUCUUCUUCGAGCGAUCUGUGUAUAGUGACAGGUAUAUUUUUGCAUCGAAUUUAUAUGAAUCUGAUUGCAUGAAUGAGACUGAAUGGACUAUUUACCAAGAUUGGCAUGAAUGGAUGAAUAAGCAGUUUGGUCAAAGCCUUCAACUGGAUGGAAUUAUUUAUCUCAGAGCCACUCCUGAGAAAUGCUUAAAUAGGAUUUACUUGCGUGGAAGAGAUGAAGAACAAGAAAUUCCUGUUGAAUAUCUGGAGAAGCUUCACUACAAACAUGAAAGCUGGCUUCAACAUAGAACAUUGCGGACGGACUUUGAAUACUUGGAAGAACUACCUAUCUUAACACUGGAUGUUAAUGAAGAUUUCAAAGGCAACAAAGACAAGUAUGAUGAUAUGAUUGAAAAGGUCAAGGAAUUUUUGAGCACUUUAUAAUCCUUUUGAAGAGCAAAUGGAAACAAAUUGUUCCAAACAUCCAAGAGAUCCGAAUUUGGAUUCGAAUUCAGCUUUCUUAUAAAGUGUCUGAAGAAGAGAAGUUCAGUAUUGCUUUAACAAGUUGCGUGGAACAUAACAUACUUGGCAAUAUUUGUCUUACAAAAUGUACGUGUGAUGAUUUUCAUAAACCAUUGGGCCUGUUCAGUGUUACGUAGAAGAUUUUAACAAGUUACUCAACAUUACAAAGAGUCCCUGGAGCCCUUAAUUCCUAUUCCUGUUUUUGAUCAGAAAUAGGGUCCCAUAAAACACUUUUCCUAUUCUGUCCCUUAUAUCUAUUUAAUUCCCAUGUAGGUAGGGGUUUUUAUCAGAAUUGGUCUGUACUUUUUUAGUGGAGUUUGAGAGUCUGCAAGGGAA